ACGUGGCUCUUGUGUAGCCUUAUCUAUACUUGUGUACGUACACAUGUGUGCACAUGCUUGGUAAUUCAAUGCGCGCCCACCUUCCCUUCUUUUCUGCCUUCCUCUCUUGAGCCGACCUCGUGAUUCCUUAGUCCGUCUUAUCCAUUCGCCAAAACCACCACUACAAAAAAAGUAAAUAACACCACCUACCGCCCUCCCCACCCCGCUGCUUCCCACUUCUUCUCCUCACUUUUGUUUUGUAUCCUGCCUGCUGCGCCCGCUCUCCACUCUGCCGCGUCAAACACAACACAAUCAAUCCCACUCCGCCAAGUGACGGGAUCUACACACUGCAAACAUCCAAGACACCAAGACACCAAGCCACCAAGCCAACUUAAACAGAGCCCCAUUAUCUGGAAACCUCUUUCGACUCAUAUCAGUAUACGACGCCCCUCAUCGCCGCCAAGAUUGCCUCGACCAACAGUCGCUCAACCCAGCCUCCAUCCAAGACUUGUAUCAACCAAGCUUCGGCAGAAUCACAACUUUCCUCCACCUUGGUAUCCCCACAGUAAACCCUCUUGUCUGCUUGUGCACUCGGAAGGCCAGCUGCAACAACCUGUGCCUCCACCUCGUCUGGAGUAACUCGACCAUUCAUGCCAUAGCACCAUCCCUCCAUUGAUUCUCCCAGCAAAAGGACAUAUAAAUCUGCCUCCAUAGCCCGACCUUUCUCAGACCUUCAGAGCAGCCAGCCAGCCACCCCAUCCUCCACACACUUGCUCACUUGUCAAACCUUUUGAAGCCGACGCUAUCCCCUUUCUGCCCAUACAAGUACCACGGGACCUUCCGCGCUUGCCACGGUAGCCUAUACCCACGACACUGUUCAAAAGCAAUCUUCGUCUACUUCUCAACAUAUAGUAGCAAGCCGAAGCCCGCCGCAUCUCUCAAAUAAUCUCAUCUUUUACCACAACCACCAAACUGGAGUCAUGUCUUUCUCCGGUCACCACAUUCCCUUCCCGCGCACCUUCCUCACCCUCAAUCCCACCGCCAAGAAAUCCAUCGUCAACUCCCCAUCCCUCACCACAUCCUCCGAGCCCCAGCUCCCUCCUAACGGGUUUCUUUCCAACCGACCCACGACCAGCCUUCGUCACAGCUCCAUCAGCUCCGUCUCCAGUGUCGAGAGCGAUGCCAGCACGGCAUCUACUCUUGCCCCCACCGAGCCUUCCUCUCCACCUUUCAAUAAGCAGACGCUUCACACUUUUCUCUCGCUUAAUUCAAUGCACGUUGCACCCGCGGCGUCUGCUGCGUCGUUGAAAGCAAUCGACUCCAAAGGUUUCUUGAGCAACCGGGUCUGA